AGCCCUGAUUUUCGCGGUGUCACUUGAACUUCACCGCACGCACCGCACCUCUUGUAGGGAUGGCUCGUCGUGGGCACGUGCUUCUGAGCUUCCUCGCGGCCGUCGCGCUGUGGCUUCAGAUCCCUUCCGACGAGCCGAGCUUCGUCAACGGACUCACCGUCUCGACCCGAGUGCCCGCGGUCGCCAGGCAAUCGGAGAAGGUGGACAAGAUCGUAGACAGCCUCAAGGAGCUCACCUUGCUGGAGGCUUCGGAGCUUGUGAAGGCCAUCGAGGAGACCUUUGGAGUCGAUGCCUCUGCAUCUGCUGGGGCAGUGGUGAUGGCCGCACCAGCCGGCGGUGCCGCCGAGGAAGCCGCUCCUGAGAAGACGGACUUCGACCUGAUCCUGAAGGAAGUUCCCAAAGAGAAGAAGAUCGCAGUGAUCAAAGCCAUCAGAAGUAUUACAGGCUUGGGCUUGAAGGAGGCCAAAGGCUUGGCAGACAAUCCCGGCAAGAUCAUCGAGGGCAAGCCCAAGGAAGCGUGCGAGGACGCCAAGAAGCAGCUGGAAGAGGCUGGCGCCAAGGCAGAGAUCGAGUGAGUGCGGCAGAGAUCAGCCGGAGGCAGCCGGAGCUCACAGAAAGAACCAUGGAUUUCUGAGGUCCAACACGAAAAAAGCGCGCUGCCAAAGUGGAGGCAGCCGAUAUGGAUAUGUUUUUUCGGCCUAAUUUUGGC